ACACACACACACACACUAUUUCUUUCAGCGCCUUUAUGCUGUCAAGUCUGAAAGGAUAUUCUCUCUCUCCCGUCUCUCCCCACUCCCUCUUCCCUAAACAAUUUCUCUUUUUCUCUCAAUCACUCUCUCUCUCUCCCACUUUGUCACAUUUCUACUUGGAAAAGUGAACAAUCUGGAACAGGCAAAUCUUGGACAGUCAUAUUGAACCUAGAAAAGAGAGUCUUCAUCAACUACCCCUACAAUGGAUUGGAUCACUAAUAUAUCUUUGUGUAUUCACUGCACAGAGGAAGUAGAACCGCUCAUGAGGAGAUACUUCAAUAGCACUGAGGACUACCUUGCCUUUUUAUAUGGACCCAGACGAAGCCACCUGUUCCUGCCUAUGACUUGGGUGUAUGCUUUGAUUUUCAUAGUUGGGGUGUCUGGAAACCUUUUAGUGUGCCUGGUGAUUCUCAAGCACCGGAACAUGAAAACACCCACUAACUACUAUCUCUUCAGCCUUGCCAUUUCAGACCUGCUGGUAUUGCUCUUUGGGAUGCCCUUGGAAAUCUAUGAAAUGUGGAGCAACUACCCCUUCUUGUUUGGACCAGUUGGAUGCUAUUUCAAGACUGCUCUCUUUGAGACUGUGUGCUUUGCUUCCAUCCUGAAUGUCACCACAGUCAGCAUAGAGAGAUACGUGGCCAUCCUUCACCCCUUCCGAGCCAAGCUGAAGUGCACAAGGGGGCACGCUCUGAGGAUCAUCAUUGCCUUGUGGUUCCUGUCUGUCCUCUUCUCUCUUCCCAACACCAGCAUCCAUGGCAUUAUGCUACAGUAUUUUCCAAAUCACACGGAAGUCCCCGGCUCUGCCACAUGUGCUGUGGUCAAGCCCAUGUGGAUCUACAACUGUAUCAUCCAGUUAACCUCUUGCCUCUUUUAUGUGCUGCCAAUGAGUGUCAUCAGUGUGCUCUACUGCCUGAUGGGGCUGAAAGUGAGUCUAAACUAAGCUACGUCUCUUUUUGUGUAACUUUAAGAAUCCAUAUCAUGUUACAUCAUCUCAUUGUAUUUUAAACUUUUUAUCGAAACUUUUUUAAAAUUUAGCCUCCUUACCAGUAUCUUUUUAGCAAUGCACAAAUUCAAAUCCCUCCAUGUGGAAGUAAUGUUUCAGUAGUGCUUCAUUUCCCAUACCAAUUCAUUGCCAAAUUAUUCACAGAAACCACUCUGCCCAAACCUAUUUAUAAUACAUCAUUUCAUUUUUUUAAAAAAAUGCAUCUUAUUCUAGCACCCUAACAAAAUCUAUUUCA